AUGUACUCUGGGAGGAGAAACACUCAUCAGUUCCGUUUCAAAAAUCCUGAGUUGAAAGAGUUAAGGAAGCUAGGAUCUUUGGUGGGUUUUCCUUCUGAUUUCAAAGACCGGUAUGGAAGACUUCUGACUGUGUUGAAUACUGAUGUAGAAGACGUAGUUCUAAACACCUUGGUCCAGUUCUAUGAUUCAAUGUAUAGGGGCUUCGCUUUCUCUGAUUAUCAGUUUGCACCUAAUUUGGAGGAGUAUUCCUAUUACAUAGGCUUGCCUGUAUCAGAUCAGAAACCGUUCAAUGGUUUAUAUGAGAUUCAUAAGUCUCGUGUCAUUGGAGAGGCUAUGCAUUUGAGAAAAGGGGAGAUCGAUGCUAAUCUUGUGACUAAAGGAGGUAUUCUUCGUCUACCUGCUAAGUUCUUGAUGGAGAAGGAUGCUACUCUUUCUAGUGUUGGGAGUAUGGUUACUUUCGAAGAUGCUCUCGCUUUUGUUAUCUAUGGCAUAAUCUUGUUCCCUAAUGUUGACAACUUUGUGGACACCAAUGCUAUCAGUAUCUUUCUGAUUCGGAAUCCACUUCCUAGUUUGCUUGCAGAUACCUACUAUUUUAUCCAUCAUAGGACGGAGAAGAAUGGAGUAAUUGUUAUGUGUUGUGCACCUUUACUGUACAAGUGGUUUAUUUCUCACUUGUCGUAG